AUGAUAUUGCUUUCGCGGAUGGCAGUACUCCUUUCACACACACAAACACAAAUGCAAGAGAAGACAGACAGACUCUCACAAACUGCAAUAAAACUCGGCCUCACUCCCAAUACAGCAAAGACACAGGUGAUCAAGAUCCACGCCAAAACCAUCAACCCUAUCCUGAUGAACAACACUGCCCUAGAGGAAGUAGAAGCUUUUACUUACCUUGGCAGCAUUGUGGACACCACUGGAGGGACAGAUGCUGACAUAAAGAACAGAAUUAACAAGGCUAGAGUUGUAUUUAACAUGCUCAGGAAGAUAUGGAGCUCAAAGAACAUCUCCAUAAACACCAAAAUGCGCAUCUUCAACUCCAGUGUGAAGCAGGUGAUGUUGUAUGGAUCGGAGACCUGGAGGACAACAAAACACACAACACACAGGCUGCAAUCAUUCACCAACACCUGCCUCAGGAGAAUCUUACACAUCUGGUGGAGAGCCAAAGUAAGUAAUGUGGACCUGUGGAAAAGAACAAGCCAGGAGCCCAUUGACUUACAAAUACGAAAGCGCAAGUGGAGCUGGAUAGGCCACACCCUCAGAAAACCUGCAACAAACAUCACCUGA